AUGAACAGACCAGAAGAAGGCAACGAUCAGGAGGAAGGGCAAGAGGUGGAAAUGCACAAUCGAAACGAAACAGGAGGAUCCAACGAAGGACAAGAGCAACAACCAGCAGAUUUGGAACUGAAAAAUAGUGAAAAAGUUGAUACAGAAGUAGAAGAAGAAGAAGAACCACAACCGGCUCCAUUUCGUAUUCUACCUCUGAUUGUCGCCAGUCAAUUUGCUGGCACAUCGCUAUGGUUUGCCGGCAAUGCCGUCUUGCCCGAUUUGGUGGAAGAUUGGGAAGACAAAGUCAACAUUUCCGAAGCCGCACGAAGCUACCUGACGUCCAUGGUACAGCUGGGAUUUAUCCUGGGCACACUGAUCAGUGCCUUGACCAAUUUGGCCGAUCGCUUUCGUCCUACCCAAGUCUUCUUGUGGUGUUCCCUGAUGGGCGCCGCCCUCAACGCCGUCAUUCCGUUUUGGAAAUCACUUGUUGGCUUGAUUUUACUCCGAUUGGGCACGGGAAUUUGUUUGGCGGGCAUUUACCCCGUCGGCAUGAAGGUGGCCGCCGAUUGGUUCCCUCCCGGAGGGUUGGGCAAAGCCUUGGGGUUCCUGGUGGGUGCUCUGGCCGUGGGAAGUGCCUUGCCCUUUUUACUCAACCAACUACCGCAAUCCUGGCAGGCCCUUUUGUGGCAAACUAGUGGGUUGGCGGCGUUGGGGGGACUGGCCGUGGGGUGUCUCGUCCCGGAAGGACCCUACCGAAAACCCGGCACGAAAAUGGAUCCCACCGUUGUGUGGACGUUGUUUGACAAUGCCAAAUUCCGGGGCGCGGCCUUUGGGUACUUUGGGCACAUGUGGGAGUUGUACGCGUUUUGGACGUGGUGUCCCGUCGUGUGGAAGGCAUACAUCACCUCGCAGGGCAGCUCCUGGGAUGAAAGUGCCAUUACGUUUGGUGUUUUGGCCAUUGGAGGACUCGGAUGUGUCUUGGGUGGACUCGUAUCGGUAAAGCAUGGCAGUGCUUUGGUGGCGUUCUGGAGCUUGCUGACGUCGGGAUUACUGUGUCUUCUCUCUCCGGCAUUGUACCUGGCACCUCCUUUGGUCAUGCUGUUGGCGUAUCUCUUGUGGGGGCUGACCGUGGUGGCGGAUUCUCCACAGUUUUCCUCCUUGGUUGCAUCCACCGCACCGGCGGCCAACAAGGGAACCGCCUUGACGAUUGUCAAUUGCCUUGGCUUUGCCAUUACCAUUGGCUCGAUUCAACUAUUGGGAGUGCCACUGUCGGAACAGUACCUCUUUUUGCUGCUCGCACCGGGGCCAAUCUUUGGCCUCUGGAGCAUGCGCCUGCACGUGUUUGGUGUGGCCGAAACCGAAAGCAUGGGAGAGACAACGACCCUAGAAUCGGCUCCUACGAAAGCUGAUGUAAUAGCCGCGGCGGAUCCGGGCAGCAGUGUGGAGAAAACGUAUGAAUCGAAGGAAGAAAGCAACAAUAAGUUGGCGGAAGAUCUGGCCUAA